UGCGCAGUGCAGCAGGGAUCUGUAGUCCGCAGCGUCGGGUAGGCUACAAUGGAGCUGACAGCUCGACGCUAGCAAGGCUGCGCUAGACCAAGAAAACACCAAGCGCUCCGCCCGAAGAUACGCACCUGGUGUCACCAUAUUCUAGGGCCCAGACGGAAGGCCCAACGACACGGAACCGAGCAGGCACCCGACAGCAGACGGAACUCUAGACCAGACAGAACUCUCACCUCAGACGGAAUUCCGGACGGAACAGUGGUCUCAGACGGAACAGCUGGGAUUCUAGGGGUGUUUCAGCGAUGUGGAACUCUGAAGAGGUGGUGGUGGUGAAGGCGGAGCAGCUGGGCUUGUCGGCGGCGGGUCAGCCUCUGGGGCAGGUGGCGGUGCUGCAGGAGGGCGUAGCGGGCGAGAGCCAGGCCUACAUCCUGUCCCAGGGUUCCGUCCUGCCACAGACCCCCUUCCUCUGCAUCUCCGUCCUGGAGAAGGAGGAGGAGGAGGAAGAGGAGGAAGAGGAAGAGGAGAGACGCAUCACCGAGGACACGCCAGCGUCGUCAGGGGCAACGGUGUCCAACGAGGCGAGCGGAGCGGCUGACCAGAGCGCGGACGGUGGAGUGGAGACGGAGUCGGAGGCGAUGGAAGGUUCCGGAAGCGUGGCGGAGGAGCGCGAGGCUCAGGCGGAGGACGACCCAGAUUACGACCCGGAGUGUGACGCGCCGCAGAGCGGGCAUCGUGCGUUCCAGUGCCACCACUGCCAACGCCGCUUCUCCACGCGCCAGGGACUCGAGCGGCACACACACAUCCACGCCUCGUCCAGCACACACACCCACAGCACACACCCCCUCAACACACACACACACAACAGCCUCAAGUGCAGGUUCUGCACCAAGACCUUCGGCACGCAGUUCGGACGCCGCCGGCACGAGAGGAGGCACGAGAGCGAGAGGAAGAGGCUCGGGCGGACCACUUCCUGCUCAGGGACGACCCGUCCGGCGAACGCCGCCGCAACAUCAGAACCGGCCGCAUCCGUGUCCGCCCCACCUCUGAAAGUAGUCCCGGCUGUGAAGAUCCCUGCGCCGGUGCGUAAGUCGGCCCCGGGUGACGCGGCUACAGGACGAGGCCGCGGUUCGUCGGAGGAGGGGGGUGCGGAGCUAAGGGGCGCACACGUCUGCAGACACUGCCGCAAGGCGUUCGGCACGCACACCAACAUGCGCCGGCACCAGCGCCGAGUCCACGAGCGCCACCUGCUGCUCAGCCGCCUCAACAGCACUAAAGCCACAGCGCCCCCGGUGGAGGGGGUGAGAACUGCACCCAACCAAGAGGCUCUCAGCUCCUCACCCCCGCCAGCGGCGAGUCCUUCCCUGGGUGUAAGUGGCGGCGGCGGGGGGGAGGAGGUGGAACGUGAGGAGUACAUGGUGGAUAUUUCGGAGAACAUCUCGGAGAACCUCAGCUUCUACAUCGACGGCAAGAUCGUGUCCACCAGCGCCAUCAGCAGCUGCGAGGUCAUCGAGGUCAACUCCGGCUCCGCCACCGCAGUGAUUGGUCUAGACACGCUCGUCAUCAGCCCCGCCCAGAUCGCUCAGGCGCUCAAAAUGCAGUCGGCCUCGUCGUUGUCGUCGGGGUCACGUGACCUCCUCCCAGGCGGCCAAUCGGCAUCCAGACGUCGCACGGCCACGCCCCCGCUGCUGCCGCAGAUCAAGACGGAGCUGGAGUCGGAGCCCAUCCUCACCACCUCCUCAUCGUCCUCGGCAACCGCCUCCUUCCUCCCGGCGACGUCGGCCCUGGGCACUGUGGUGGGCACCGUGGUGGGCACGGUCCUGUCCCAGUCCGUCGACCCCGGCGGCACUCACAAGGAGAAGACGGUGUACCUGUCGCCCAAGCUGAAGCAGCUCCUCCAGACGCAGGACGGAUGCCAACCCACCUUCGCCCUCAUCAGCGACGGGCACCGUCUGGCCCCGCCCCUGUCCCUCACCACUCUGCCCUCCAGCUCUGCCCGCUUCAAGAGGCGCACAGGGUCGCCCCCCAGCAACGGGUCGUCCCCCACCACCACCUCCUCCCCUCAGCAGAGCCCUGCUGGGGCAACUGAGAGCGGAGGGGCAACAGAAUGCCCCCAGGAGCAGCAGGCACCUGCGGCGGCACCUGCCCAGUGCAGCUCUCCACCGCUGAGUCUCACCUGCAAAGGUGACCUGGAGCAGUCGGAUCCUUCCGGAACGGCGUCGUCGACCAGCGCGGCCCUCGCGGCCCCCGUCCAUCAGAACCCGCCGCUGGACUGGUCCGAGCCCAGGACGGGCGGGAGUCCGUGCAACCAGCAGCCCCUGGACCUGUCCAGCGCCACCGUGAGCCGCAGGGAGGGCAGCGAGGAGUCGGGCGAGGCGGCGCUGGAUCUGAGCAUGCCCAGUCGGGGCACGGAGGAGGGGGGCGAGGGCAGUGGCGUGGGGGCGUCCGCCGGGCCGCUGCAGCUGCGGAAGUCCAAACCCAGUUCCAGCAUGCUGCAGCAGGUCCUGAUGAGCGACUACGCCGGUCUCACGACGGCACCUGUCGGAGGAGACCAGGGCGCCAACGUCGCUGCCCUGGUGACCGACGUUGCCAUAGUAACCGCUGCCAACGUGGUGCCCGCUAACCCCGAGAGGCUGGUGGUGGAGUUGGCGCUGCCUGCGGAGUCCUCCCUGAUCGCCCCCCUUCCCGUCCCCGCCACGCAGCCCUCCUCCCCCUCCAGCGCCCCCGCCAACCUCACCCCCCCUCCAGCGCUGCCCUCCGCUUCCUCGUCCGUCGUCACGGUUACGUCGGCCCCUGCUCAGCUGGUGGCCGUGAGCUCCGCCACCACCCAGCCCGCGCUGGCUCUCCUGCCCACCGAAGCCUCCACCAGUGGCGUAGAGACGGGCACCGAUAAUGCGCCACAGGGAGCAGAGGCCCAGGUGAAGACCAUCCUGCCAACCUGGGGCGGUGCUGUGCCCAUCUGUCUGAGUAGCGCUGAAUCUCUCCAGACGUCCACCGGAGGGCCGCCCGUGGGUGAAAUGUCCCUUGCAGGCCCCUCUGCAGACUUUGUCUCGACGAUGCCAACGCUACAGGCCUUCGCCGCGUCCGUGAACGAGCCUGCCAUUCAGUCAUACAGCAUCAUCCCCAACGCAGUGGUCAUCGAGUGCACAGUCUCUCUGGAGUCCUCGCAGGCGUUCGUUCCCACCUUCCCUGGGAGCACCAUCGAGUCUCCUUAUGGGAAGAUCAUCCUUGGACCUUCAGAGCAUCUGCAGCCGUACACUACGCCUCAGCUUCAAGCCCCUAAAACUACAGCGCCACCUACUGGACCGGCUCCAAACAUUGACCCCCCUUCACAAUCCGACCCCCCUUCACAAUCCAACCCCUCCUCAUCUACUGCCCCCCUGCAACAGGAAACUGCCCCUCCAGCUGCUUCCUCCAUCAAAGACGAGUCCAAGAGCAGCGACGGUGAGCUAGUGGAGUCAACAGCCACAGAGCCCCCUGCUGCUCCGGAGGCCUCAUCGCAAGCAGAGGAGACGGCAGUGAAGGAGGAGCAGCAGGUGACUCCUCUUGGCAACAGCUGCGUGUGUAACGUCUGCUCCAAGCCCUUCCCCUCCAUGAAGGAGCUGGGGCGCCACAUCGGGCAGCAUUCCGAGGCGUGGCCCUACAAGUGCGAGUUCUGCGUCCAGCUGUUCGAGAGCGCCAAGCUCUUCCUGGACCACCGCUCGACCUACCACGGCAUCGGGAAGAUCUACGUCUGCUCCGUCUGCUCCAAGGACUUCGCCUUCCUGUGCAACCUGCAGCAGCACCAGAAGGACCUCCACCCGGGCCAGACCUGCUCGCACACCGAGGUGGAGGACGGCAGGCUGCGUCCGCAGAACUACAACAGCCCCAACAAAGACGCGGCGGCAGCAGCAGCAGCAGGCCCGGACGACGCCGCGUCACACUCCUCCGCCCUGCAGGAGAACGAGAGGAUGACCCGCAUGAAAGCGGCAAAGAAGGAGGAGGAGGAGAAGGAGAAGGAGGAAAAGGACAAGGAGGAGAAGAAGGAGGAGGAGAAGGAGGAGGAGUUUGACACGGCCACCGAGGAGCUCUACACGACGAUAAAGAUUAUGGCGUCGGGGAUGAUUCGCUCCAAAGGUCCGGACGUGCGUCUGGGCAUCAACCAGCACUACCCCAGCUUCAAGCCGCCGCCCUUCCCGUACCACAACCGCACGCCCACCGGCUCCGUCGCCUCGGCAACCAACUUCACCACCCACAACAUUCCGCAGACCUUCAGCACGGCCAUCCGCUGCACCAAGUGCGGCCAGAGCUUCGACAACAUGCCCGAGCUGCACAAGCACAUCCUGGCCUGCGCCAACGCCAGCGACAAGCGGCGCUACACGCCCAAGAAGAACCCCAUCCCGCUCAAGCAGUUCGCCCGGGCGCAGAACGGCGUGCUCUCGCCCACCACGGCCGCCAACAUCCGCCAGAACGUCUCGUCUCGCAAGGCCGGGCAGGCGGGCAAGCGCCAGAACGUGAGCCAGGACUCCUUGGCCAAGCUGAAACUGAGCGCGCUCAACAAGAGGAAGGCCCAGCUGGUGCAGAAGGCGGUUUCCCAGAGGAACAAGUCCGCCGCUCUGCCCAAGAGAGGCUCGGGGGCCGGGGACGAGGAGCAGGGCAGUCACGUGUGCCCCCACUGCCGGCGGGAGUUCACCUAUCGCGCCAGCCUCAGCAAGCACAUGGCACUCAGCUGCCCCAACAAACCCGUCUCCAAGAAAGCCCGCAAGAGGAAGGAGGGAGUGGGAGUGUCCCUCGUUCAAGAGAACAACGCCAACCUGCGCAGACGUAGUCCAGAUACCGUGGGCAAACAGCAGGGGGCGCUGCAGCCCCAGAUAGCCAAGCCGGUGGGUUCGGGAGCUGGAGACCAUGCUGGACUGCCUCACCUCCACAAGGGGGACAUGAAGAGGUCGGCCAUUUUGAUAGCAGCACCGGCCCACCCCAUGAAGAGGAGUAAAAACGGGCCCUCGAGCGUCCUGUCCCCGAUCCCACAGUCCAACGCCGCACAUCGGCUGGGCCGUCCACCGCAGAACGGCGAAGAACCCAGAACCCAAACCCAGAACGUUCAGAGCCAGAACGCUGCACAGCAGUCCAUCCCGAUCAGGGUGCGGGAGAGGAAGGGGGGGCCUGUGACACGCAGCCUUCAGCAGGCGCGCUCUAUGGUGCCCCCCUCUGGUCAGGCUGAGGCUGGAACUGCACCCCAGCCUGAAGAGCAGCAAGUGGCCGUGGCAGGAAGGAAAUAAGGCCUCUGCCUCUGGACAGGGCAAGGGCACCAGAGAGAGACCCCUGGGGCAAGUGCACCAGAGAGAGAGCCCUGGGGCAAGACGAGGGCAAUAAGUAGCCGACUCUGUGGGCACUGGUAUAGAAUUAGGGCAACAGAGAGAUACCCCUGGGGCAAUGGACAACAGGGAGAGACCCCUGAGGCAAUGAAGGCAAGAAGGUGCUGACUCUUGGGGCAUUGGGACAAGACAAGGGUUUCAGGGAGAGACCCUUGGGGCAAUGGACAACAGGUAGAGACCCCUGGUGCAAGAUGAAGGCAAGAAGUAGCUGACUCUUGGGGUC